GCCUUCCCACUAACUGAUUUUCCACUGCACACACACCCUCAACCUCAAAUCAAACAAAGACUGUUUAAAGCAGUUACCUGAUAUCUACAGUUUCAGAUUUUGUUCCUGAAAACAUCAGCAUCCUUGGAUUUUUAACAGCUGGAGUUUGAACUGGAUAAAGGAGAAAAUGACUGCAGUGAGUGAGUCGCUCUGCUGUACUCUGCUGCUUUUUGUCUGUGUGUUUGCAGAUCAGAAAAUCAUCACAGCUGAGUCUGGACAGAACGUCAUGCUGCCGUGUCGAGCUCCAAAUGAGAACAAAAACAACACAGUAGUAGAGUGGAGCAGACCUGAUCUAAAUCAAACAUAUGUCCUUUUGCACCGGGGUGAGCACUUUGAUCCAGCCAGCCAGCAUCCAUCUUUUAAGAACCGGGUGGAGCUGCAGGACAGACAGAUGAAGGAUGGAGACGUGUCUGUGAUUCUGAAGGAUGUGACAACUGCUGAUAGUGGAACAUACGAGUGUCGUUUCAGGAAGAGAGGCAAAGGUAUUGUCGAAGGUGACCCCAACAGCAUCAUCACCCUGAGUGUUGUUCCUCCAGGAAGCGUCAGCAUGGGAGAGAAGAUAACUGCACCAUUUAGACUCAUCAUCACUCUGUCAGUUUUUGCUGUGCUUCUUGUUGGUGGGUUUUGACCUACAGAAACAUGAAGACAAACAGAUUCACCUGAAACAGCCUGUCUGAAAUUUCUCUGAUGUUUUUGUUUCUUUGUUGUUGUUGUUGUUUUUUUAACACUAUGAAUGUCCAGCUUAACGUUCAUUACUCUGUGUUUUGUGACAAACUUUAAGGUAACCUGUAUGUCACAUUUUGUUUUUACUGAGUACUAAGAACAACAGUUAAUCAAACUGAAUAAUGCUGUGAGAAGUAUUGUUUUUUCCGAAGGUUUUAUCUGACAUUUGCUUUGUUCUGAAGGCCUGGGCCUGGUUUCAUCCUGAUAAAAAAUAUUUUUUCUUUUUUUGUUUGUUUUUGUUAUUUCUUCAUUGAUCUUGUAAUCCUGCUGACUUCUGUCCUACUUGUUCAAAAAAGAAGCUGGAUAGGAUCACACUGAACCACUAACAGACAGCAGGGGUGUCAAAGACGAGUCCUCCGGGCCAGGAUAGACUCCAAUGCCGUCUGCUGGACAGCUUUGGAAAAUAUGAAUGAUGGUAGAAUUUUUUGACUUAACUCUAUUUUCCAAAGUCUAAGGAGCUUGGAAAGAAAAGCGUCUGGACUUCUUUAAGUUGCUUGAGGACGUUUCACCUCUCAUCCGAGAGGCUUCUUCAGUCUCAGGGUGGAGAGUCCCAGAUCUAUUUGCAAAACUUUUACAGUUAGAAAGAGGUCCCGCAUUGCCAUUCAUACAACACCAAAAUAGUUAAGAAAUAAAUAAUGACAUCACAGAACA